AUGCCGCCAACCACCCGUCGUAAAUGGCUCGCAACAGCAUUGGUCUUCAGUGUGCAGGAUCGUCGCAAUCGUGCUCGCGCGUUACGAGAGGUACGUGAGAGGAAAGCCGCUCUCCUGGCCCUUGGUACGAAUGAUGUUGCGCAGCGCCUGCGAGCCAUGCGUCCACCGGAUGACAUCAUGGACAGCCGCGGCGACGGCAUCGGGGAGAAGACACAAAAAGCCGGACAGAACUCGAAAUUCACGAAAUCCGAUGACGCGGCUACGCCUUUUCGCCCUCCCAUGUCGUACGAGCAAUGGCAGGAGGAGGGCUUUCCAGUAGGAUGCUGGAGACCCCUGCUUUUGACCGAGUUGUACCACCCACUGGAAGCAGAGAAGAACUACUUGGGGAAGAAGUACAGCUUGGCCCCGACGAACACAGAAAGGCGUGGCACUGCGGUAUCCAGGCAGAGACGCUAA